AUGCUAAUGGGAAUCGAAACGUCUCCCUCUGCAAAAUCAGGGGUCGAACAGUACCGUAGAGAUGAUGAACGAGAACUUGCACAAGAGAAGGCUGUGCUAGAGAGAACUAGUGUUGUUGGUAGUUCAGCUACAACAUCGAGUUCUCAAGCUGAAGAAAUUGGUUCGGUGUUGGUGAAGCAGAGAUUGAAGAAGCUGAAAGAGUUAGAAGCAACGAACCAAGAGCUAAAAUCACGUUUGAAUGAGGACUUUAGCAGUUUCGAAAAGAGUAUUACAAGGACGAUAAGGCAAAUAACUGCGGUGAAGGAUAAUGUAAAUACAAAGAUCAAUGAGAUAGUCAAAAUAUUCAAAGACCCUCGUUGUCCCUUAUCCAUCAGUAUUGCAGCUUUUGCAAAGAGAAUGGUCUACAAUGGGGAAAGAGUCCCUUUUGGAUCCAGCUACGUCAUCGUUCACGUCACCUCGAUGUUUCCACAAGCUAUGGAUAUCCUACUUGCUGAGUUCCACAAAGCUUGCAUUUACACUGCCCCAAAUCAUAUCGCAAACUCAGAUCAGUCAGUGUGGGAUUCUCCUGACUCUUAUGAACGCCUAGAUUCUAUUAUGAAGCUCUACGGUGCGCUCGUCCAGGAAGAUAUUCACGGUGGCAAUGCUACUAACAUGCAUGGGAUAGAACAUGGAUGGACUUGGUUAACCCAGUUCGUUAACAACACCUCAACCAACAACAACAACAUAGCUAACGCAAUAGCCUUAAAUGCCUUUCUACAGACAGCAGGCUUUGGUCUUCAUCAACGCUACAAAUCUCAGUUUGUGAAUGUUGUGAACGAUGUGGGAGAGCAAAUUUUGAAGAAAUUGAGGUCAGAAAAGGGAGAGCAAAUCUUCAAGAAAGGGGAAAUGAUCAUAGCCAAGAUCACAGCCUACUUAGAUGACCAGAUGUAUCUAAAGGAGCCUGAAGGAAGAACUAUGAAGACGAGUCUCUUUUCAACGAGUCUCUUGCCAGAGUUAGAACAACAUUACCAGAGAUUGAUUACUAAUUCUGAAGAGUACAAAACAUAA